GCUUUUGUCAUUUAAUACUUCUGACUUUUUACAUGCCGGAAGUGUGAGUCCCGGCUAUAUGAAAUGAUCUGCGCUUUAGUUCCUCCUCCUUUUCAGUUGAGCACUGAAGCUUCAGCCGGAUCAUGUCAAGCGGUUCUGCGGAUUACAGCAGCUCUAGAGACCGAGACCAUGGCGGCCCGGAAGGAAUGGAGCCCGACGGUGUCAUCGAGAGCAACUGGAAUGAGAUCACGGACAAUUUCGAUGACAUGAACCUGAAGGAGACGCUUUUGAGGGGCAUUUAUGCAUAUGGAUUUGAGAAGCCAUCCGCCAUUCAACAGAGAGCAAUAAUUCCGUGCAUUAAAGGCUAUGAUGUCAUCGCUCAGGCCCAAUCAGGAACUGGUAAAACUGCCACGUUUGCCAUUUCCAUCCUGCAGCAGCUGGAGAUCGAGCAGAAGGAGACUCAGGCCCUGGUCCUGGCACCCACUCGCGAGCUGGCCCAACAGAUCCAGAAGGUGAUCCUGGCGUUGGGAGACUACAUGGGCGCGACCUGCCACGCCUGCAUCGGGGGCACCAACGUGCGCAACGAGAUGCAGAAGCUGCAGGCCGAGGCCCCCCACAUAGUGGUGGGCACCCCAGGACGGGUGUUUGACAUGCUGAACAGGGGGUACCUGUCUCCUAAGUGGAUCAAGAUGUUUGUCUUGGACGAAGCUGAUGAAAUGUUGAGUCGAGGAUUCAAGGAUCAAAUCUAUGAAAUUUUCCAAAAGUUAAGCACAAACAUCCAAGUCGUGUUGCUCUCGGCUACGAUGCCGGCCGAUGUGUUGGAGGUGACCAAAAAGUUCAUGCGAGAUCCGAUUCGCAUCCUCGUGAAGAAGGAGGAGCUUACCCUGGAGGGUAUCAAGCAGUUCUACAUCAAUGUAGAGCGAGAGGAAUGGAAGCUGGACACUCUGUGUGAUCUGUACGAGACCCUGACCAUCACCCAGGCCGUCAUUUUCUUGAACACAAGAAGAAAGGUUGAUUGGCUGACGGAGAAGAUGCAUGCGAGGGACUUCACCGUCUCUGCCCUGCACGGGGACAUGGACCAGAAGGAGCGGGACGUGAUCAUGCGAGAGUUUCGGUCGGGAUCCAGCCGUGUGCUGAUCACCACCGAUCUGCUGGCUCGAGGCAUCGAUGUGCAGCAGGUGUCUCUCGUCAUUAACUAUGAUCUGCCGACGAAUCGGGAGAACUACAUCCACAGGAUCGGUCGCGGUGGCCGUUUCGGCAGGAAGGGAGUUGCUAUUAACUUUGUGACUGAAGAAGACAAGAGGAUUCUUCGGGACAUCGAGACGUUUUACAAUACUACUGUGGAGGAGAUGCCCAUGAACGUGGCCGACCUGAUUUGACCCCGAGAUGAGAUCCAUUUUAUGCGGUGCUCGCUGUUGUUGAAUAAACGCGUGCAUUGUGCUUAUUUUAUUGGAGAAAAAAAAAUAUUGAAUCUCGUCUCGAUGCUGAAAGUGGAUGAAAAAAAUUCAGAUAUUUGCUAAGUCUGUCGACUUUUGGUCGUGAGCUCUUUUUGAGGACGGUUGUAGACUGCGUCCUCUAACAGUUAGACUGCUGGGAUGGGACUCGAAGACACGGGGUCUUUACACAUAUUCUUCAGUAGGUAUUUUUUUCCUAGUUCAAUAAAGGUGUGUGUGUUAGAUGUUCUCUAUCGUUUAGUAAUUUACUUAUGGACUAAAAGAUAUAAGUGCUGUAUAAAGUCUGCUAAUUAUGUGAAACUAACAUUUAGUUAUUGUAAAACUUGGGUCAGGUGCAGUGACCUACCAAAUUUUCAAAGCACUUUUUUCUUUUUAGUUUUAUUUUGUGAAAUGUAUUUAAAUCUGUUUAAUCAUGCUUUUUUUCCAAUGAGGCCACCCAAAAUUAACACUUCCUCUUUAAAUGUGGGCAAUGAUUUAAAUUAAAACUUUACCUUCUAAUAUGAAUUGUAUUUGACCCUUGUUUAAAGAAUAAAGAGGAAAUGUAUGGUUU